AUGAUGCAGAGCUCAGCACUGGCGGCCGAAGGCUCUGUCAAGGGGCUUCCAGAGAUUCUCGGUGUGCCAAUGCAACAGAUUCCCCAGUGUGCUGGCUGCAACCAGCACAUCCUGGAUAAAUUCAUCCUGAAAGUCCUAGACAGGCACUGGCACAGCUCCUGCCUCAAGUGUGCGGACUGCCAAAUGCAGCUGGCAGACAGGUGCUUCUCCAGAGCUGGCAGCGUCUACUGCAAGGAAGACUUCUUCAAGCGUUUUGGUACCAAAUGCACGGCCUGUCAGCAGGGAAUUCCUCCAACCCAGGUGGUACGGAAAGCCCAGGACUUUGUCUAUCACCUGCAUUGCUUUGCCUGUAUCAUCUGCAACCGCCAGCUGGCCACAGGUGAUGAAUUCUACCUCAUGGAAGAUGGGCGCCUGGUUUGCAAAGAGGACUACGAGACAGCCAAACAGAAUGAUGAUUCAGAAGCUGGAGCUAAGCGGCCACGAACCACCAUCACAGCCAAACAGUUGGAAACGUUAAAAAAUGCCUAUAAGAACUCCCCCAAACCUGCCAGGCACGUACGGGAGCAGUUGUCCUCAGAAACAGGUCUGGACAUGAGGGUGGUGCAGGUUUGGUUUCAAAAUAGGAGAGCCAAAGAGAAACGUCUGAAGAAGGAUGCCGGGCGGCACCGCUGGGGACAGUUCUACAAGACGGUGAAGAGGAACCGCAGUGGCAGCAAACAUGAGAAGGAGAGCUCAGCAGAGGACUGUGGGGUUAGCGACAGCGAGCUGAGCUUCCGAGAAGAUCAGAUCCUCUCAGAGCUUGGCCACACCAAUAGAAUUUACGGCAAUGUUGGGGAUGUUGCUAGUGGACAGUUAAUGAAUGGAAGCUUCUCCAUGGAUGGGACAGGACAAUCUUAUCAGGACUUGAGGGAUGGAAGUCCCUAUGGAAUUCCUCAGUCUCCGUCCUCUAUAUCAUCCCUUCCUUCCCAUACUCCCUUGCUUAAUGGUCUGGAUUACACAAUGGACAAUAAUUUAGGAAUCAUAGCACAUGGAGGGCAGGGGGUGAGCCAGACGCUAAGGGCAAUGGCUGGGGGACCAACCUCUGAUAUUUCUACAGGAAGCAGUGUAGGCUACCCAGACUUUCCAACAAGCCCUGCCUCUUGGCUGGAUGACAUGGAUCAUCCUCCUUUUUAAGCACCUCCCACUUCUCCAGCCCACCCCAACCAAUGCAUUCUUUUGGCCCAAAAGUGUGCUCAAAAUAUCAAGAGGCAACCAUCGAACUUCAAGAAUCCUAGACAUACAGCACUGAGAAAUUUCCAUUAUUUUCAAUGGGAAUCCUGGUUCCUGGAGGCUUGUGAGAUGAUAGUGUGGUAUUUAUUUCCUUUCUAUUUGGAGAGUGGGAGGGGAUGAGAAAUCCUUCCUUGUACACAGCACACUGGUAUAUAGUAUCUGGUUCUAGGUUUGCAGAUUGGUAGUAAACACAAACUCAUUGACACUCUCUCCACAUUGUUGUUGAAGACUCUGCUGAUGAGUGCUUUUGAAGUGCAUGUUGACUGGCUCGGCAAGCAUUGGCCAUUGGGAUCUCCACAUCGGCUGGCAUUUCCUUACUUGGAGUUAAGUAUGUUAUAAAGCCUCCAAACCCACUGUUUUUCACAAGAAUUGCUUGAGUGCAGGCAGCCAAACUUAUCUUCCCACUGGAAUGAAAAUGCAGCAUUUCCAGAGCCGUGCCAUGGUUAAGCAAGUGCAAUACUCUCACCAAGCACAGGGCUCUGUCUCUAAAGGUCACAGACAAUAUGGACAGUCACAGGGUGGAAAAGCUAUCAGGAUUUCUCAAGGUGAAAAACAUGAUUUCCUACCACUGAAUAGCCACAUUGAAUAUUAAUGUUUCCUGAAUGUGGCUGGAUGUGUCUCAUGCCAAAUUCCUACUCCUGAGUGUAUCCCUGCUGCCAUCUUUGGGUCAAACACUCAGCAGGUGCUAAGGAUCUGACAAGACCUAGGAGCACUUUUAAGGCUGUGAUGCACAGACUCUGUUCUGACCCUCUACACAAAGAUGAAUGCCUGUGCCGGAGAAUUACAUUGCAUUAGGGUCUGUGUUAACCUCCCCUGGUAGACAAGGACUAUUCAGUAUAGAACCAUGUCAAUGGUUAUGGUUAAUCUGAAUGUGGAGUUUCUCAGAUUUAGCUGACAUGGUUUUUACAUCAACAGCUCUUCUCCACACUGGGACCUAACUCAGGCUUUACACUGUUGUUGUCUAUAUUAUAGUAGUGGCCAGAGGCCUCAUUGUGCCGGGUGCUUGAGACACGCAGAAUCUCAGGCCUGUUGAGCUCACAGCCUAAUGAGGCCAGACAAAGAGAGAAGAGAAGAAGGCAAAGUUAGUUACCCAAGGUGGCAAAGCCAGAAUGAGACCCCAGGUCUCCUGACUUCCAGGCAUGUACCACGAGAGCAGGCUCUCUUCCCAGGUUACCAAACAUAUGUUAUACCAUAGCACAUUUUCCUAGUGUAGAUAGCCCCUAACCAUUGCAGCUUGCAUGCCAUUGAGAAAGAGCAGCAGGAUUUGGCCUGUAGGCCAUAAUUCAAGACAUGGCAGUAAUUUAUGCUUCCCAGCUGGCUGGCUGAAGCACAAUAUGGGGGAUUUUUUUGGGUUUUUUUUACCCUCUUUGGUAAAAGUCCAUUUGUUCACACCCUUUUAAAAAGUCCCUCAGCUCCUGCUGAUCAGGCUGCAAGUCACAGAUAGGAAGAACAUAAACUAGGGAGAAAAUGUAAUGGAAAGACAAUCAAUAAGGCAAAACGGUGGGAAUAAAGCUGCUCAAACAGGUUUUCAGAUUAACCCAGCCAGCUAGCAGAAGAGUCCCUUGACUGAGUGUGCUCUACAAAAGGAAUGACAAAGCAAUCUUUUAUUUCCAAGAGUUAUUUUAGGACACUGGGUUGAAAAUGUUACUCAGAGCUGCCAAGAUCCUCACAUAAAAGAAAAGCUUAUAUAUUGGAAAGUGGUUUAUGUUAGUGCAAGAGAGACCAGACUCCAAUUCACACACAACUUUUUCUCCCCAGUUCUCUUGGUGGCAGAAAGUGCUGCUUGAAGUAUCCUAAGAAACAGCUGGGUUCAAGUCAUUUGGAGACUUUCUUUCCCCCUCCAAACAGUGA